GGUCUGAUCCGGUUCUGGGUCUAGGCUACUCCUUACACGGUCGGGGCGGAUUUGUUUCAGCAUCAACCCAAACCCAUUUAAAGCACUAAGUGCGAUCCUUCCCGCACUCGAUCGAGGAAAAAUUACUCUGAUGCAUGUCAAGCCCUAAGGAUCACAGUCACACUUUCUCGCUCUAAACCUUGACGAAGGCACUUCCCUCGCUAUUUGAAUCUCUCUCUAUAAACUAUUUGGAGAAAGGGAAAGAAAGGGCGUCAAGGAAGCUACCGGUCCUCCCAUUACAGCAAGCCACUGGGUAUGGUCCUCAUUCUUUCUUUCUUUGCUGCGUGUUCUUCAUUCAUCAGAACAUAAACGAUCUUCCCCCUUUUUUUUUUGAGUGCAAAGUGUUGUUAGUCCAUGAACACUGUAACUGAUGAUAUUCUUCUAAAUCUUCAAAAUCAUGGCCUUGACAAAAGCCCAAUCUUUCUGCAAACCCCAAUUUCUCAUUUCCCUUGUCAGUCCUCUCUCUCUUCAUUCUUAUGUUCAACAGUUCUCCACAAAACCCUCUUCUCUCAUUAAUGAUGGAACGGCCUUACCUUCUUCUACUUCUUCUUUCAUGGUUAAUCUGUUUGUGGACUCUUUUGGGUUCUCAAAGCAAGGAGCCAUUGCUGCAUCUUCCCAGCUUCUCCAUAUCAAAACCCCUGAGAAAGCUCUCUCGGUACUAAACUUCCUCAAAGCCAAAGGUUUUGAAGCAAUCCAUAUCCAUACAAUUAUCAGCAAGCGCCCCCAUCUUCUUGCAGCCAAUGUCGAGAAAAACCUAGCACCCAAAUUCAAAUUGUUUGAAGAUUUGGGCCUUUCUAAAUUCGAUCUUGGGGCCGUCAUCUCUGCACAUCCAACCAUUGUUAUGUAUAGCUUAAACAAAAGACUUCUCCCUAACAUUCUCUUCCUUAAAAACUACUUGGAUCCCAAAGGUUUCUUGAAGCUUCUCAAAGGUCAAGGUCGUAGUUCAGUCUUGGUGUCCAAGAGAUUGCAGUCCAAUGUUAGGUUCAUGGAGAGCCAGGGAAUUGGCGGCUCGAAGUUGAGAGCACUCUUAUUGAAAAGGACAUUCUUAUUUGAAGUGAAGUCCAUUAGGCUUAUAGAAAUCACAGAGAAAGUUAAGGAAUUGGGUAUUGAAUCUCACUUUAAAAUGUACUCUCAUGCUGUUGGGUUCAUGAGUUCGAUGAGCAAGGAGACAUGGCAGAGGAAAUUUAAGUUUUUUAAGAGCUUUGGGUGGUCAGAAGAAGAUAUUCGCACCGCUUUCCAAAAGAUGCCUGUAAUAUUUUGUCUUUCAGAACAGAAGUUGCAAAAGACUAUGAAUUAUUUCAUCAACGAACUUAAAUAUGAUGAGAAAUAUCUGUGUUUUCAUCCACUUAUAUUCUGUUUUAAUUUAGAGAGAAGGUUGAUCCCAAGGAUUAAUCUAUUGAAAGUGUUGAGGUCAAGAAAGUUGCUGGAAAAGGAUGCAAGUUUAUUGACAAUUUGUGUUUUAUCGGAGAAGGUGUUCUUGGAGAGAUAUGUGUUAAGUUUUGGAGAAGAGGCAGAAAAUUUGCUCGAUAUUUAUAAGGGAAACAAAGAAAACUCAAGAAAUUGAUGCUGAGUCUAUGGUCUAAAACAGGCUUAAUAGCCAUUAAAAUCUGAAUUCCAUGACUCUUAUUUUGUUAUAUCUCUGAAAAAGAAGAACUGAAUGUCAAAACUUUCUGUGUUGUGAUCCUUGUGAUUUUGCCUUGCUUCUCUUUGUUCUGCCUUGUAUAAUAUAGGUUACAAGAGCAGAAAAGCUUGCUAACCUCUACACAGAUGCAAAAUUAGAUGGUGAUAAUUUUGGGUUUAUUCUAACCAUGUGAUGGAUUUGUCUGGAAAUUUGCACACAUUUUGGCCUCUCUCGCUCGAUUAUGCUCUCUAAACAUGGGAAGUCAUUGUCGGAUUGCUGAGCUCAUUUCUCCUCAAGUUUAGGGUUUUUCUGGGAGGAUUUUGCUGGGUUUCUCCAAAUGUGGAAGCUCUAGCUAGAAAAGUUGGGAUUUUUUUUCCUCCUAUUAGGUGGGUUUUAAUUCCUGUUUGGAGUUGUGUUCAGUUGGUUAAAGACAAAUUAGGGCAAAGAGAAGAUUCUUUUGGGGUUUCCUUUGAAGAAAACUCUGGAAAAUGUCAGCUUCAUUUGCACCUUUUGAUCACCCAAGAAAUGGAGUGCAGUCUCACUUCCA